CAAACAAACACUUGCAACCCCAAACUUUAACUUCUUACGUGUAGCACACAAUGUCUACGGCGCCGCCGCAAGCGAACCAGCAGCAGCAGCAGCGCCACCGGAGGCUGCGGGUGCGGCGCGUGUUCGACCUCUUCGACCACGACGGCGACGGGGUCAUCACCGCCGCCGAGCUCUCGGGCGCGCUGGGGCGCCUGGGGCUCGCCCUGGGCGCGCAGGCGGACGGGCUCGUCGCCGCCUACGUCGCGCCCGGCAUGCCCGGCCUGCGGUUCGCGGACUUCGAGGCGCUCCACGCCGAGCUCGCCGGGGGAGGCGAGGAGGACGAGGAGGCGGAGAUGAGGGAGGCUUUCGCCGUGUUCGACGAGAACGGCGACGGGUACAUCUCCGCGGCGGAGCUGCAGGCCGUGCUGGAGCGGAUGGGGGUGCCCGAGGCGGCGUGCAUGGCGAGGGUGCAGGACAUGAUCGCCGCGCAUGACCGGGACAGCGAUGGCCGCGUCGACUUCCAUGAGUUCAAGGCCAUGAUGGCUGCCGGUAUGUAAAUGUAAUGGCUUAGUUAUAAGAAGAAUCUGAUUUCUCGUUCCAAGUGAUGUACUGCUAGUUUACUACUACUCUCUCCGUUACAAAUUACUUGUCGUGGUUUUACAAAUUUGAACUAAAACCACGACAAGUAAUUUGGAACCGAGGAAGUAUGUGCUAGCUAUAUGUACAAGCUAGUCUGUCAUGUUUUUCCUUUUCUUUCUUGGAGGCAAAGCUAAUCUGUCAUGUGCAUACUGCAUAACUGUAAAAAAAAAAUGUGCAUAGUCCUGUACCUUUUGUAAUCAACGUCUCCUGUAGCAUCUGGAUUUUCCUCUCUGUUU